AAUAACACAAUAUCUAGUUAGUGCGCUUUGUGGCUUGUAUAGUAAUAGUUGUCUCGAUCUGAUUCCGAUAAAAUAUACCAUCUACCUGUAUACUCUUGUCAAUGGAAAGGUUGAGAAAAUAUUCAACGAGUGAAGCGAAAACAUUGCAAUACAUAUAUGAAUUCUUAUUGUCCAAUAACAUGACGAAGACUUCGGCUUGUUUCAUCGAAGAAUGUCACAAAUUGAAUAUGCCAGUACCGUCUGUUGCUGCCGAAUCGACCGAAACUUGUAGUAACAAUCCGGUCCACCUGUCCAAAGAUCGAGCUGCGACCAUUAUUCAGUCUUUUAAAUCUGCGUCUAGGUCAACGUUUAUGAAGACAUGGGGUGAUUUAGCCGACGAGAUAAAACAGAUCGACGAGUAUCGAAAACUGACGUUUUACCUUCACGUCUACUACACCAUACUGGAAUGUAAAAAACGUGUCAACAAAUCGGAAAACUGCAGUGAUGAUAGAUGUGAUGAGAACGACGAAAGUUCGAUGGCCGCUUUUCGCACUUUUCUGCUCCAGAGAGGUGCUGAGUUCAGUACUGAAAACGAAUUUUUACCGUAUUUUGCAUUGCCAUACGUGUUCGAACCGAUGCAACACCCUUCGUUUAAAAAUUUGUUCAAAGAAAAUCGAUGGUGUGAUUCGCUAAAAAAAAGAUUGGAGGACUUUAUUUUGGACAUCGCUAUUAGCACAUCGGUUAUAUUAGUACCAAGCAAAGAAGCGGGAAAGCGAAAAUUUACAAAAAAAAAAUUUAAAACGUUGUACAAGGAAUACAAACCGCUGAAUGCUUUGGCCGCUGAACUUUUAAAUGCUUUGGAAAAUUCGAUUCGGGGACAGUCGAUUAAUUUGGAAAUUAUUUUAAAAAAUUGUAAUGCUGUGGUGGAAAACAACGACAACAGUGAAAAAAAUUUAGAAAUUGCUGACGACCAAUUCGAUUUGUCCAUUUUUAAAAUCAAACUCGAACUCCGGGACGGUAACAGCACCAAGAACAAAUUACUUAUCUUACAAGCCUUGCGUUGGAGGUUGACAAAAUCGGAAAACAGAACUGACACGGUAGUGAUGAUAAAAAAAUACGACUUACUGGAUUUGUGCAAAUCGAAAGCCGAACAAGGACUGAUGAAAUGGCUGAUGAUGACAAACGGGCCACAUCCGCUACAACAAAUGAUAUCAAGACUGCUGAAUGCCCUGGCGUCAUUCAAUAGAGGCCGCAGGUAUUUGGCAGGCUCUCCGUUUUUACUCCGUCUAAUCAUAUCUCAGCUCAUAUCUUCACAACACUUUUGGGACACGAUCACGAGCAACAUGCUGUUGGGAACGUUGCAGAAGCUGAGUAUGGGAUCUCGAGCACGAAAGCGGAUGAUUGGAAACGGUCUGACCACUUGGCUGGCCGACCAGCUCGUUCGUAAAAGCGAAUUCACCGGAGAUCGAAACAAAUACGAGAUGUACGAUCUGGAAUAUAGUCUAGGGCUGUUUAUGAACCUUUGCCAGUGCCAGGCGGCCGUCAGAGCUUGUGGCUCGCGUUCCCGCAACCUGUUCAAGAGCUUGGGAGUUUUCAUGACGACGUUGGACGUGGAUAUCAUGCCGUGCAUAUCUGGCGUAUUGUACAAUAUGUUCAAAAACCCGGAGAUGAUGGCGGUAGCCAUAGAAGAAGGGAUGACUGGCGUCGUUGAAAAAACGAUCGAGAGAAAUAUCAACGCCUACCCUUCAGCGAUCGAGCGAUUAGUAGACGUGAGGAACAUGUUGUUGCAAAAUGAGCAUCCGGCUUUCGAUCAGUCGUCGUCAGAAGACGAAUACGAUUAUUACAACGACGACAGUGGUGAAGAUGAGGAUGACAGCAGUAAUUCCGACGAAGAUGACGUACAUAUUAAUGAUGACAUCGACAAUUUGGAGGCGGAACUGGACGAAGACGAUCCACUAAAAAUUCAGCCCAACGGUGAAGAUUUUCUCGCUAACUACAAAACAUGUGACAUCUCAAAGCAUACUACUUCAGAUCGUUGCAAUAAUAAUAAUAUAUUGUUAUGAUAAUUAAUAAUGUGUUAGUCGGUCAAAACGCCGCGCGCUGUCACGUGAUGAACAUACAGGCAACUCAAUAUAUUUUCAAUACACAUACAUAAUAAUAUUUAUGUAUUAUAAUGUUAUAAUAAACUUACUAAUAAGUAUAUUUCUUUAUUUUAGCUCAGUACGAUAUUAUAUAUAAUGAAUUAUAUUAUAAACUUUUUUACUACCGACAUAGGACCGAACACGAAAAAUAUCAAAUCAGAUUUUUGUUUUAUAAAUAUGAUACAUUUUUUAUAUAAACACUAGAAAUUAUAUUUUUGUUACA